CUUUUCUCUUUUUCGUCCAGUAAAAUAGGCAGAUCUGGAAACUUCCAUAUUUCUCUCUCAACCUUGUAAAAUUUUCCCUAAAAUCAUUCUGUGAGAUUUUUAGGGUUUCAACAGUCUCGAUCUUCCUUGCUGUGCUAAAGAUUUUUCAGAAAUCGUUCCCGCACAUGCCUCUCAGUUGCUGAUUUCUGAGUUUUCAUUCACCUUUCUUUGAUCCCCGACAUUAUUUUAUACAUAAAAGGAUAAGCUGAAGAAGUACCCUCUAUUGCUUCCCAUCUGUGAUUCUCUAGAGAUAUUGCGAGGACAUCUAUAUCACGUCUCGUCGUCAUGGUCGUGAAUACACGUCCUCUUAAACGAAUGAAGAGCCGAGUCACGGCAGAUCUUUAUGACUUUCUCACCUUUCCAUCACCAGUAUAUGGCUCUACCAAUGGAUCCUUUAGGACAAACAUCAGGGCAUUUCUCUCAAAGCAUGCAUUGUUGCCAGCUCCAUCGUCGCUCUUCCCCCACCUAAUGACAUGGCAAAUCUUGUUUAGGGUUGGGAACGUGAUGGAUGGCCCUGAUUCACUCUCAGCGAUGAUUUGCCUAGACAUUGUCGAGGAGGAUGUCGCCAUAUCUAGAUCCACCUAUUGUGACCAGUGCCGAGUUGUUGGAUGGAGUGGCCAUCCGGUCUGUACAAAACGGUACCAUUUUAUUAUCAAGGCCGAUGGUAAUUCCAUUGGUGGCUAUCACAAACCCUGUAUGUGCUGUGGAGAUGUCCUGCAUUUGUCAGAAUCCAAGUGUAAGUCAUGCAACCUUGAAACAAGUACAGAUGAUGUGGAAGACUGGGUGUAUAGCCAAUUAGAGAAUACUACUCAUCUUCUGCAUGGUGUAAUUCAUUCCAAUGGCUAUGGACACCUUCUUAGGGUCAAUGGGAGGGAAGGGGGAUCAAGGAUUCUUUCUGGAUGCCACAUCAUGAACUUCUGGGAUCGGCUUUGUAAAACCCUUGGAGCCAGGAAAGUUAGUGUGAUGGAUGUGUCCAAGAAGUAUGGAUUGGAGUAUCGGCUGCUACAUUCCAUAACCAAAGGUUGUCCCUGGUAUGGUAACUGGGGUUACGAAUUUGGUGCUGGUAGCUUUGCUCUCUCUGUGGAUGCAUAUAAAACGGCUGUUGAAAGCCUAUCUUCCCUACCCCUGUCCAUUUUUAUCUAUCAGGGACAGAAACCUGGCUCUCGUCUCCUAGACCUUAUCUCAUACUACCAGUCUUGUUCGGAACAUGAGCUUGUGAAUGUUAGAGAUCUCUUUUGUUUUGUACUGAAAUUGAUACAUGAUGCUCACAAGAGUUCCUCAAAGGCUGAUGAUAUCGUCUUAAAGAAGCCUCAAGUUGGCACCUCAAGAACCUUGUGUUCAUGGACCAAAAGUGAUGCUGAGCGAGUUGAAGCAGCCAUGCUUAGAGUGCUGCGUGCAGUUUCUGGGGCCAAUUGGGUCAGUAUACGAUCUCUGAAGGGUGCUGUCUGUAAGGUGGCUCCUCCAGAACUACUUGAUUACUGCCUCAAAGAACUUGGAGGAAAAAUGACACCUAAUGGAAUGGUUGUUAAUACAAGAUUGAAUCCUGAUACUGGAAAUUUUGAGUACCGAUUGGAGGCUCAAGGGGUAUCUUCGCAAGGAAACAAUGCUUUCACAGAGUCUUCCAUUUCGAACAGAUCAUCUGAAGAAAGUCUACUGCAUGACUUUAGGUACUUGUAUGAAUGCAUGCUCCACCCUCGAACAAUGGUAAACUAUAUUCCUCAGGUAACAAGGGAUCUUGCAGUUAGCUCAGCCGAAAAGCUCCUUGACUGCAAGCAGUUUGUGAAGAACUAUGAGCCUGAAAUGAUGCCAACAAAUAUCAAUAAUUCGCUGACACAUAUUUUAUGCUUAGUUGAACUUGUGGAUGAGAUUGAUGAAAUCACUACAAAACCGCCUCCGGAACUUGUAAUCCUCUCCCCAAAUGCUACUGUGUGUGAUAUCAAGCUUGAAGCGUCAAAAGCUUUCCAAGAUGUAUAUAUUAUGUUUAAAGGAUUUCAUGCCAAUGAGUUACCUGACUACGGGAGUGUUGAUGAUUCCACCCAGGUUAAGUACUUGUUGGGUUCAACUGGAUUUGUUCGCUUGAGAGGGAGAUGUCAUGUGAAACAUGGCUUAAGUAGGUAUAGGAUGGAGAGGGGGAUGGAGAGGUGGACUGUAGAGUGCAGCUGUGGGGCAAAGGAUGAUGAUGGGGAGAGAAUGUUGGCAUGUGAUGUUUGUAGCGUGUGGCAGCACACCCGAUGUUCUGGCAUUCUUGACUCGGAGUUAGUCCCUUUAAGAUUUGUAUGUUACAGAUGCAAAAGCUCCGUUUCGACUGGAAAAACUGGGGUUCCUUGCAAGGAUGAGGCAGUAACUAAUGUUGGAAGUAAUGGCUGUCUGGGUAAGAGUUUGACUGCUGACGUUACACAUUGACUAAUAAGAUUGUCUUUUGAUUUGGCAUAGACUAGUUUUUCAGUUUUGGGAUAGAAGAGUGGAAUAGGGUUUUCCAUUUGGCCUGAAAAAUGACCGACUUGUACAUAACAAACAGGCUCGAACAAGAAUGGGAACAAUUUGACUCGCUUGUCGAAAAUGGUAUUAGUCCUUUGAAUUUUUUUAUUCCCCUUUUGUAUAUGUUUCCUACGGAGUUAAAUGUAACAAACAAAAGAAAAGUAAAGAAACUAACGUGAAUGGCCAUGUCCUUAAUUUUAAAA